GAGAGAUAGGUAAGCAGCAGGCAUGCGCCGUGUGGGUCGCGGUGGCCAUGGCGGAGUCCAUCCCGCUGGGCGCCCCGGUGCCGCUGGAGCAGGCCGUGCUGGAGACCUUCUUCUCCCACCUGGGCAUCUUCUCCUACGACAAGGCCAAGGACAACGUGGAAAAGGAGCGGGAGGCCAACAAGAGCUUGGGGGCCGGCUGGCUGGCGCUGCUGGCCGCCCUGGCCCACCUGGCCGCCGCCGAGAAGGCCUACCACGGCCUCACCUACCUGGGACAGAAGCUAGGUAGCCAGUCGUUCUUCAGCAGGAAGGACUCCAUCCGCACCAUCUACACCUCCCUGCACAACGAGCUGAGGAAGGUGGGGGCCCCGGGCGGCCGGGGGGCUCCCGGGGGGGCGGCGGCCCCCCACCUGGAGGAGCUGCUCUCCCACCUGGCCGAGCAGCUCUGCUUCUUCGUCCAGGCGCGGGUGGAGCUCGCCGACUUGUACGAGAAGAUGUACGCCCUGAGCACGCACAAGCACGUCAACUCGGAGGAGCUGGUCGGCCUGCUGGAGUCCGUCCUGAAGAGGUUCAGCUCCAGAUUCCACCACCCGAUCCUCAGCCCCCUGGCCAGCGGCUUCCAGCUGGAGGUGGACGUGCUGACCCACCUGCUGAAGGCCCAGGCCCAGAUCUCGGCCUGGCAGUUCCUGCCGUCGCUGGUGGGGCUGCACAGCGCCCACACCAAGCUGCAGACCUGGGGCCAGAUCUUCGAGAAGCAGCGCGAGACCAAGAAGCACCUGUUCGGCGGCCAGUCUCAGAAGGCCGUGCAGCCGCCCCACCUCUUCCUGUGGCUGCUGCGUCUCAAGGGCCUGCUCCUGGCCAAGUUCAGCUUCUACUUCCACGAGGCGCUGAGUCGCCAGACCACGGGCUCCGAGAUGAAGGCCCUGACGGCCAGGGCCAGCCCGGACCUCUUCGGCAAGGUCUCCGCCUUCAUCCGCAAGUACGACGCGGCCAACGUGGCCCUCGUCUUCGACAACCGGGGGGCGGAGAGCUUCCGGGGCCACGGCUACCACCACCCACACUCGUACCGCGAGGCGCCCAAGGGGGCCGACCGCUACCCGGCCGUGGUGUCCCUGCCCGGCGACAGGCCCGUCGUACACUGGCCCAACGUCGUCACCAUCAUGGCGGAGCGGGCGGCCGACCUCAACGGCCUGGAGAAGGUGGUCCACUUCUACGACGACAAGGUCCAGAGCACCUACUUCCUCACCCGCCCGGAGCCCCACUUCACCCUCGUGGUCAUCUUCGAGGCCAAGAAGUCGGAGCGCGACUCGCAUUUCGUCUCCUUCCUCCACGAGCUCUCCCACACGCUGAAGAACUCCAGAGCUUUCGCGGGCCUGAAGCCCGGGUCUAAGGGUUAGCGGGGCGACCUCCCUGGAAACGCUCCCCGCGGAGGGAUCCGGCCCGGGGUCUCGAAGCUCCCGGAGGGAAGGGACCGGGGCCGGGGGGACGACCGUGUCCCCCGGGGGUUCAGCUUUGGCCGGGGCCCGGGCCGACCGCCGAUUUGGGGCGGGACGCUCCCGGCUCCGGAGUCCCCUCGACCGGACCCUGCCAUCCGUGCCGGAAUCGGUCCGGACGCUGGAAGGCGUAACGAAGGCGGGACAGCGGAACGGGAAACGACCUCUGUGAAAUUCGGUAGCGUCCGUCAGGUCCGUCGUGAGAACUGCUGUCGGGGGGGCGGGGUGUCAGCUUUAUGAUUGAGAUUUCGCAGCUGAGUAUUUCUGAAGGCCGGGUGGCCGCCACUCCGGUUUACUCAAGGCUGUUGAAGUAAUUAAAAGGAAAGGGAAGAAGAG